UACAAACGUAUAUUUAUUUCACUUCAACUUAUUGCCGAUUCAAAGUGCAGCAAUAAAAAAACAGACCAAGAAACACCAUUUUGCGUUGUUUUAUAUUGAUAGUAACCUCUAAGAUAGCGACUGCACACAUUAAGAUAUUUCUAUUUUAAUAAAUCUAUUAUUUAUUAUGGCGACUAUAACGAGAUUAGCUAAAAUGAAUUUUAUGAGCAAGCGAUUGUACAGUUCAAAGGUCAAAUUAAAUGAUGUUGUGAUAGUUAGUGCUGUGCGUACCCCAAUGGGUUCAUUUCUUGGCUCUCUGUCCAGCAUGUCAGCUACUAAGCUUGGUGCGAUAGCUAUACAAGCAGCUAUUGAAAGAGCUGGUAUUGCCAAAGAACAAGUUAAAGAGAUAUAUAUGGGCAAUGUUUGUCAAGCUUUUUUGGGUCAAGCACCAACAAGACAGGCUGCAUUAUUUGCAGGUCUUCCAACAUCAACAAUAUGUACAACAGUAAACAAAGUUUGUGCAAGUGGCAUGAAAAGUGUCAUGCUGGCUUCUCAGUCCCUACAAUGUGGUCAUCAAGAGAUCGUUUUAGCCGGUGGUAUGGAAUCUAUGUCUAAUGUGCCAUAUUAUUUAUCACGUGGUGAGACGUCAUAUGGUGGAGUAAAACUUGAGGAUGGAAUUGUGUUCGAUGGAUUGACUGAUGUUUACAAUAAAUGUCACAUGGGUAACUGUGCUGAAAACACGGCUAAAAAACUUAAUAUUACUCGUCAGCAACAAGAUGAAUAUGCUAUCAGCAGUUACAAACGCAGUGCAGCAGCUUAUGAUAAUAAUGUAUUUAAGGAUGAACUUGUAUCUGUUAACGUGCCUCAAAAAAAGGGCAAACCGGAUGUAAGUUUUACUGCAGAUGAAGAAUAUAAAAGAGUCAACUUCGAGAAGUUUAGCAAAUUGAACACAGUUUUUCAGAAAGAGAAUGGUACAGUGACAGCUGGAAACGCGUCCACUUUAAAUGAUGGUGCUGCUGCUUUAAUCUUGAUGACCAGUGAUGUCGCUCAAAAACUGAAUCUUAAGCCUUUGGCUAGGAUUGUCGCUUUUCAGGAUGCGGCAACGGAUCCUAUAGAUUUUCCAAUUGCACCGGCUUUUGCAGUGCCAUCGCUGCUUCAAAAUGCUGGGGUUAAUAAGAAUGAUAUAGCUCUGUGGGAAAUCAAUGAAGCAUUUAGCGCGGUGGUUGUAGCAAAUCAGAAAUUACUCGAUAUUGAUCCUGCCAAGGUAAAUGUUCACGGUGGUGCUGUUUCACUUGGGCAUCCCAUAGGCAUGUCAGGAGCACGUAUCAUAGUACACUUGGCGCAUGCACUUAAAGCUGGAGAAAAAGGCGUCGCAUCAAUUUGCAAUGGGGGCGGCGGAGCGUCAUCAAUCCUGAUUGAAAAAUUGUAAGUUCAAAGAUUAUAUGGAUGACAUUUCCAUUUACACAAACUGGGCAAUCUAUUUUUAAUAUCGCGAUAAUAUG